AUGGCUGAUAACGAACUUCGCCAACGCCGCGCCAACACUGAAAUUGGAGAAACUCGCAAAAAAGAACGAGCCGCUCGCAUUUACAAAAUUGAAGGGAAACCUGAACCUAGUGGGUUUUUUGUUUGUUUGUUUGUUCUUACGUUUUAGAAUUUUGAAAAAUCAAUAUUUUCAGCAAAUUGGUGUUUGAUUAUAUCGAUUAUUCUAUUCGUCUUGUUCAUUCUUUUCAUCAUAGUGAGAACUUGAAAAGAUGAAAUUGAAAAUUGAAAAAAAAUUUGAAUUUUUCAGAUUGAUGCUUUUUCACAAUUCAGACGAAUCAAGUAUAUUUUUGGAAUCGAGAGUGAGUAGAUUUGAAAUUAGGAGACUUUUUUGUGGAAUCAAUUAUGAGGGAAAAGUUUCUGAAAAUUUAAUUUUGAAGCUGAAGUGUGAACUUUUUUAGCUAGUAAGAACGCACAAUCAGGUGCGAUUUUUUGGAAAAAAAAUGGUACGAGUUCCACUGAAAACCCUGGUCUAUUUCAGACACCGUUAAAAUCAAACUCAAAAGUAUUCCGAAAAAAAAAUUCCCUCUUUUUCAGAUUGA